UUCUUCCGAAGAUUUGCUUUUCAGGCUUCUAGCGUCUGGUGAACAGUGAGAAAGAGAGAGAGUGAUCGAAUCAAACAUGUCCGGGAGAGGAAAGGGAGGCAAGGGGCUCGGAAAGGGGGGAGCAAAGCGUCAUCGUAAGGUUCUGAGGGAUAACAUUCAAGGUAUCACCAAGCCGGCGAUUCGCCGUCUAGCCCGUCGUGGCGGAGUGAAGCGUAUCAGCGGUCUCAUCUACGAGGAAACCCGUGGCGUUCUCAAGAUCUUCCUCGAGAACGUGAUUCGCGAUGCCGUCACCUACACGGAGCACGCUCGCCGCAAGACAGUGACGGCCAUGGAUGUUGUGUACGCUUUGAAGAGGCAGGGCAGAACUCUUUACGGAUUCGGUGGUUAGAGAAUUAGGGAUUUGGGAAAUUUCAUGAAUUAGGGUUUUGCAUUUGUUUCUCUGUGCAAUUAUUGUUUAUAUGAACAAGUGAUAGAUUGUAUUCGUUGAAAUUUAACAAUUUCAACAAUGUUCUUUUGAAUGAUUAAUUUAAUGUUAUGGUCUGGCAUUCGUUAUC